GAACAUCAAUAUUGUGUUUAAUAAUGCUUGGUACAGUACGUAUGUCCGGACCAGACGGCAUUUCGUUGAGGGUGAUCCAUGGAAAUAGCGUUAAAGAAGACGAGUUCCCAUAUGUUGUUGUUCUGAUUGCGAAGAAUGUAUGGUCUUUGUCGCGCAUAUGUACGGGAAGCAUGCUCACGGCGGAUUGGGGUCUCUCAGCCGGGCACUGCAAGCCAAUUAUUACCACAGAGUACACGAGUAUCUACGCGUGGUACGGCAACUUUACCCAAUGGCCUUUUCAUAGUAACAAAUGUAUACCAGUGGUCGAAUGGAAGGUGCAUCCAGCUUAUCGUCUGUUAAACACAGAUGACCAUCCAGACCUAUUAGUUGACAACGAUAUAAGCUUGUUCCGCAUUGAGGCAAGUCUCAAAUUGACUAGAUACGCACGGCUCUCAGCCGUAGACCGAGGCAGCUUGCUGGGGCUGCCAGUCAUCUACAUCGGCGGUGGCUCUACAAAGGGAAAAAAUUACUAUGAACCAAUGGAAAGACCAUUGAAGAAAGGUGAAGGUGCCAUAAUUUCAUGCAGCGUCGAUAUAAGAAUGAAAUCCAGACAUGUUGUGUGUAUAAAUCCAAAAUGUGAUCUAAAAAUCCAAUACCCUUGGUAUGGUGACUCUGGCGGACCUUUGAUACAUGGUGAACAGAUUAUUGGAGUAUGUUCUUAUGUAGUCGAUGUGGGCGACGUUCAUCAAAGUGUUUUCGUUUCUACCAGUCCAUUUAUAGAUUGGAUUUCUUUUGUAAUACAUUCCAAGACAUAGAGAAAGUUGAAAGAUGAGUGCGUGAUCUGCCUUUACACAUUCAUCACCCUCAAGCAGUCGGGACGACCAUGGUGUAUUUUGCUGCCUUGGAUAUUUCUAGGCAUGUUGCCUGGCGUCUCUGGUGACAUAUACUAGGGUAAUGUGGCUCUUAUACCG